AUGGGACUUAUCACGGAUACUAAAAGGGCUAUGAAUAAUGCUCCCAAAAAAGUUUUCAACAAGUAUGUCUUGAUCUGUACAUGCUUCUUUGCUCUAUCCGGUGUGUCGAAAGGGUCUGAUCAAGGCAACAUUGCCUCCAUCAUUACACAGGCUCACUUCAAGGCCGGAUUUGGCGGAUGGUUAGUAUCUAUCGCCACAGCUGGGGCUGUGUUUGGGCUCUGUGGCGGUAGCCUCUCUGGCCUUUAUGCCCCUGCAGGGCUGGGAAUCGGUCCUCUAUCAAUUGUUCCUCCUGUCUAUAUCAUCGAGGUAUCAAUAUGUGGUCUGCUCAUGGUGCUUUUCGCGGCUUAUCAGCAGUUAGGUGUGGCGACUAAACGAUAUCCGGGAGUUGACAAGCAGUGGAUGCUCACUACUCUCCUCCAGGGCCAACGAGAUCAAGCAGCAAUGACGAUGUCUAAGCUCCGCAAGUUGCCUCGUGACUACCUAGGGGUCAUUGCCGAACUAGCUGGGAUGGACAGCCAGCUUUUACACGAGACAGAAGCAGUUAGUAACGCGACCGUAUGGGAUUUACUUCACAAGACUUCCUUUCCGGUUGAGAAUCGCCGUCUUCCAGGCUACUGGAAUCUAUGGCGUGGUCAGGUCCGUGAACACGGUAUGCUUUGCAUUGUUCAUUGUGGAUUGCAUUGGUCCACGCCGAUCAAUGUCACAGCCAACGAAAUCGGUGUCACUCCCAGUGCCUCGCGCGCAUCUACCGCUGCUAUCGUUGCUAUCUUCCUCCAUGCGGUGGGCUGGAGUAUCGGCUGGUUCAGAACCCCUUACCUUUUCGGCCCCGAGAGCUUUCCCAUUCAAAUUAUUUCAUUGGACGUACCUAUUUCCAUGGCAUUCUAUUGGGCGUUUUAUGUCGGAUAUAUACGUGCUAUACCUAGUCUUCUAGCUACUGCCCAUAAAUGGGGCUUUUGUGUUCUUCAGCUGUAUUUGCGUGAUAUCCUUGGUUUAUAUAUUCUUGCGAUGCCAGAUACGAGAGGAAGGCCUCUCGAAGAGUCGGAUGGUCUUUUUCAGCGCGCGUCGUACCCUGCUUACCCAUACAAUUGGAAGGAUAUGAGAACAAAGUACCACUGA